AUGGACCCCAAGUCGCCGCCGCCGGCCCAGGCCACGUGCACCACGUGCACCACAUGCACUACCUGCACCUUUGCCGACGACUUCUCCAACUACUGGACGGCGGUGCUGUACUUCAAGGCGCGCAACGGCAGCUACCACCGGGUGCCGCUGAAGCCUAGCUUGGGCCUGCCCGGAUUCCGCAUGCUGACGGGCCAGCAGCAGUUCCGGACCAAGCAGGAGGCGUCGCAGUUCCGGCAGCUAACGUACACGUGCCUGUAG